AAUGUCAGACGUACAGUACUACUCGACGCAAGGUCGCGGGCAGCGAGUUUUUGUACUUAAAACUUAAUUAAAUUCGGCCUAACGAUACGACCGAACCGAGAAGCCAUAAUUAGUUAACUUCUAGUGCGCUAAUGUUCAAGUUAUUAGACAAAGUUGGUACUAGUUUUCUAUUUUUAACACCACAAUGGAUGGUACUUACGACGAGAUCAUCUCCGAUAACCCGUUCUUCGUUGAAUUAAAGUCAGAAUAUUCUAAUUUAUUUCAACAUUGUAUAACACAAUCUUGGGUAAUAUGCGUCCCUCGGAUCGGAAGUUUAACGACUCGUGUGUUCACCGUCGAAGAUUUUUGUGCUCAUAUACUUGUUCCAAGUGACGAGUUGCCGGAGACUCAUUAUAGUACGCUAACAGAGAAACAAUUGACUGUGUCCAAUAAAGUGAUUACACUUGAAGUGACCAACGGAUUGCCUCUGCAAAGCCAUAUACUGUUUGAAGAAACAUUUUACACAGAAGACUUUAUCAAGUACAAAGUGUGGUGUGUUGAAACUCCUCUGGAACCUACAACUAACUUCAGUGAUAAUGCAAUAUCGAAAGAGUAUCUUACAUCAAUCAAUGACUGCAUUGACUUGCUCUGGACACAAGCUGCUGGCCGUCAAGUUCUGGACCAAAUUGAGCACAGUGUACAAUCAUUUUUAAAGAGCCAUCCUACACUACCUGUUGCAGUAGCACCUCUGAGGGACACAGUAAGUGAACUUUACACACAAUGCCUUCAAAUUGCCUUACAAAACCGAAGACUCAGAGACAAAUCAAAGUCUUGUAAACAAGUGCUGGAAAAUGUAAAGUUAGCUGUAGAAUGCUACAUGCAGCACUUACUGUUUGAUGCCUUAUUCAAACCAAUAUGCACCUCCUGUGCCUAUGAAGACUCACACCUCAAUAAGAAAAUAAGGAACAUGUGUGACAUCCAACUAAGAGACCUGGACAUCAAAAAAGAUCUGUACCAUGCAGUGCCCAGAGCUAAACAAAUUCUAUCCAAGAUAGACACAUACAACACAGUGCUUGAAAAAGUGUUAUGUGUGAAACAAGCCUUAAAUGCCAUCCACAAGAAGGAUGACAGUAACAAUAUUGUCCUACUAACAGCUGAUGACCUAUUACCUGUGUUUGUGUUUCUAGUCAUCAAGUCUGGCCUCCCCAAUUGGUACAGCCAACUAAUGUACAUGAAAGAGUUCCGGUUCAGCAGUGUUGGCAAAGGUGAUGCUGAUGAGAGCUCCUUCCUUAUCACUACUUUAGAAGCUGUCAUAGAACACAUACAAUCUGGAGCACUAACUGGAUCACCAGACCCCGAGUCCUAUUACUAUGAAAGCAAUCUAACAGAAGAAAAUGUAAAUGGCAGACAAAGAAAAAACAGCUUAACUGAAUCUAUAUCUACAAGUGACACCAACAGCAAAGAAGAGACUUUAGAAUACAUUUUUGAACUCAUCAAAGCAAAUCACUGUGAACAAGUAAAAACAAUUCUACAGAAAAAUCAAAAGCACCUCCAGAGUAUAAAUCUCAAUGAAAAUAAUGUUCUCAAAAUAGCUUUGGAUAACAAUCUAACUGAUGAUGAUGAUAGUGACACUGAAAUAUAUCACAAACUCUGUCACCCUUUGUGCAACUGCAAGAAAUGCUGCUGCAAAAUAUCUAAGAACUUAUUGAAGACUUCCCCCACUGUGACUUCUCGGGACAGUCAUGGGCUAACAGCAUUGCAUGUAGCCUCCAUUCAUGGUAAAGCGAAUAUAGUAGAAUCUCUAAUUGAAAUGGGUGCAGAAGUGAAUGCUACAGACCUCAAUGAAUGUACUCCACUCCACUAUGCAUCAUCCAGAGGUCACCAGAAUGCCUUGCUACUCCUUUUACACUCAGGAGCUGACAUAGAUAAAGCUAAUAUUGAUCAAAAUACUCCAUUACACAUGGCUGUCAACAAUGGCCACCUGAAUUGUGUCAAAGCACUUAUUUACUUCGCAGAGCACAGUAGGAGGAAGAUUAGGAUAAAUUGCGUGAAUGAGAGUGGGAACACGCCAUUACACAUGGCCUCUAAGUGGGGCUAUGAAGGAAUUGCAAGAUUACUAAUAGAAAAUGGAGCAGAGCCAUCUUUACAGAAUAAGUACAAUAAAACAGCUUUUGACUAUGCUCACAAUUUGAAGAUCAUGCAAGUUUUAAAAUCUUGUACUCCUAGUUUGUAUGAAUACAUACAUAUCACUAGUACAGAUGUUAAAGCUUUGAACUGCAAAUCUGACAGCCCUGCUCCUAUCAAAUUAAAAGUAUCUAACAAAGUGAGUGAUACUAAUAAUGUGUCAAAAGCAGUAGAAAAAUUAAAAUUAAUUGAUAGGAUAUUGAAAGCGAUAUCCUAUGGAGAUGUAAAGCUGGCCUGCUUUUAUAUGAACAUCAACUACUCUGCUUAUGUUGACAUGAAAGAUAAACCUGUCACUCCUGAGCAGACAACUCCGUGCCACCCACUGUGUGAAUGUGCUAUUUGCAAGAAAAAUAAUGAAACAAACUCAUCCGACUUUGAUAUUAAUUUCACUGAUACAAAUGGCUUCACUGCCUUGCAUUACGCAUCUAGAUAUGGUUUAGUUGAUUUAUGCAAGAUAUUGAUACAUAACAAAGCUGAUGUGAAUUGCUAUAACAAAAAAUAUCAAACUCCUUUACAUUUAGCAGCUUUGAAUAAUAAAAUCUAUGUGAUCCGUUUAUUAUUAGAUAGUGGCGCCAAUAUAAAUGCAAUUGAUAUAGCAGGGAACACUCCAUUGCAUGAUGUCUGUGCAAUGGGUAACAUAGGGGCUGCUAAAAUGUUACUGAGUUAUAACCCUGAUCUGUCAUUGCAAAAUGGGUCAGAUAAAACUGCACUUACCCUAGCUAAGGAGAAAGUUCACUUAACAAUAAUAGAUUUGAUAGAUAAGUAUUCAAGUGGUUUGUAAUGUAAGUAUAAUAAUACUUAGGGAUAAUGAGAGAAGUAUUUUUGAAGUAGGAUAGGCCUAUAGUAAUGUUGAUGUAGGGAAAACAUGUAUUUCAUAGCUUUAAUUUUGUACCAAUUUGUUUAUCCAUUUGCAUUUUUGAAUACAUUCCAAUUAUGUAUGUUAUCAUGUUUGUCACAAUAUUUUGUGUUCAUUAUUUUAAUUGUUUUUUCUACUAUAGUUUACAAGGCAUUUUAUAUAAAUAUAAAAAAUAAUGAUUCCCCUUUUUAAAAACUAUGAAAUUAUUGGAUUCUAUAUAUAUUUUCGAUGCAGUUUUACUUAUUAGUAGACUGUACUUGUGAAUAGUACAGACAUAUUAUUUAGGCUAUCAUUUGGAAUUACUACUUAUUGCUUUUUUUAAUUAGCUGUUUGACAGCUAUAUUUUAGAAUGUG